CUCCCCCCUUCGCCCGCUAGCAACGCAAUCACCGCAACGAAACAGAAAAAUCUUUCAGAAAGAGACAGCGGCGUUGAAAGCGAUGCUUCGAUCGCGUUCGAAGAAGAUUUAGAUUUUGUUUCGGCGCCAUCUUCAUUCAUGUUCUGUUGCCAAGAACCCAAGCAAUCUCGAUUCUUGUAUGCGUUUGCUUUGCUUGGCAGUCAGAUCUUCAUAGGUCCUCUCCUUCGACGGGAGACAGGAUGGGCUCCUCCCUCUUCGCUUUCUGCUGACGGCUUCGCCUAGAGUUAUUGAAUUGCUCUGGGAAUCUGCGAUUGAUCUUGUUGACAGUAGAUAACCUUCAAAUCAACCACUGAGAGAUCAAUGGCACAAAAGGAAGAAGUGGAUAUUCAUGAAAUUACAGUGAAGUGUGGCACAAAAGGAAGUAUGAGGAGAUGUUCAACUAGCGGAACAAUUACUAAAGGUUCUUCAGAUGCUUCUAUCAGAAGUGAAAAGCCAAUACCUCACUAUCUAAGAGUUUCGGCAGGUUCCUGCCAUGAUAUCUGCAAGUAUGGAAGGAAACAUGAUUCUGUACCUGAGUCUAAGAGCCCCCAAAAGCCUUCACCUCAUUAUCGAAGAGCUUCUACUGGCUCUUGCCAUGAUAUUAGCAAGUAUGGACGAAAACAUGAAUCUGAAACUGUAUCUAAGCAACGUCUUUCAUUCUCCAAAUCUGGCGGCAAGCUGAAAUUGAUAGAUGAGUCACUUGCAGCAAACAACCUAAACAUGGAGAAUUGUAAGAAGAGGGCUACAAUCAAGCAGAAAUACUCAUUCCAAAAGGAUGAGCUUCCUGAGAAAAUGGCUGAUAGUAAUCUGAAGGCUGGAUCGAAACUUGGAACUUCAGAUAAAUAUAUGGAUAUCAAGUUACAAUCUGUGUCAUCAUGCCAGAAAAAUAGUGUUUCUAGUGAUCAGGAAGUUCUUCAGACAUCAGAAAUUAAAGAGGCUGGAACAAAGAUCAAGGAUGAUGGAACUCCAGAGAAAUAUGUUGAUAUUAAGUUUUGGUCUGUGCCAUCAUGCAAGAAAAACUUUCUUUCAAGUGAUCAGGAAGUCCUUGGAACUUCAGAAUGUAAAGAUACUAAAGUGCAAGUAAUUGAUUUAAAAGAUGAAACUAAGAAACAAGUUAUGAAAUUGAAGACUCCGAGCAAGUUGAAUUCAUUGGUUUACAAGAGUAAAAUUGAUGAGCAGAAGCAUGCACCUUCUGCAGAAGGAAAUGAUGCAGUUCAAAAGUUGGGUGCAAUCACAAACAAAACCCCAACUUUCCUAGAACCCACAGCAUCUUCUAAGGCUAAGCUUGUUGCUGCACAUGACAACCCUACAGAUCUGAACCAUAAUUCAUCAGUGUCUCAUGUUAAUGAAAAGUAUGUGGCAUCUAAGGAAGCGGGGAUUAGCAAGGAGAAGGAAAGAAUUGAUAAAGCUACUAGAGAAUCAACAAAAACACCAGCAAAGCAUAUGCUGAGAUCAUCUACGGCUUCUCCAUCUCUCAAGCGUGUUGGUGAUGACAUUUUGAGUUUGAGGCAAAGAAAGGACCAGAUUGUUAAAGAAACAACUCUAACAAACAAUAGAGAAGUUUCAAAAGCUGGGCAUGAUGCUGAGGUCAACGGGGAGAAAACAUUGCAGGUUAUUGAUAAUUCAUUCAAAAAGGUUGAUCUAGAUUCCUCUGAGCAAAAAGUAUUGCAAGUGGAGAAUGUUCUAUCCAAACUACAAAAACAAACUCUAGUAAAGCAUGAAAGUAGUGAAGAGAAAACAUUUCAGGUCAUUGGUGAGAUACAUGAGAAGGCCAAUUUGGAUUCUUCAGAUUUACCUGCACAUUUACCAGUUGAAAAAUUGUUGGCAUUGGAGUACAGUAACUGGGAUGCCAAUCAGGAAUUGCUUGAAGUAAACAAUUUCAAUAUAGAUCUUACAGAGAAGAAAGCACUCGGUGGUGGUGCAGUGGAAUUGAAUUCUGAUGACUUGAAAUUCACUGAACCAGAAAAUGAUGACAUUAAAUUCCCAGAGCAAAAUUUGUUGAAGCUAGUGGAAAUUGAUUUUGCAUCCAUAGAUAUGGAAACUACACAGUCGAAAUUACUCGCAGCAGAGAAUGGCUUACUAAUGCAGAAAUCUCUAAUACCAGAUGACAAGGUUCUUGCUUCCCCAGUUCUGCAACAUCAUGAACACAAAUUCUACAAACAAGUGAACCUAGAGACAGUUGAUAUUAGUCCUCCAGAACUGAAAUCUGAUGAUUACCAAUUAUCUCAAUUGGCUACAGAUUAUAAAGAGGUUGAGGGAUCAGAGUACUCAUACUCUGAUUCAUCUGAAAAGGAGUCUGAGCAUGAAUUGGAAGAGAACAAAGGCAAUUGUGAAUCCUCAAAAGGCAUAGAGAGGAGGUCGAAAAGAAAUUCAGCCAUCCAUCCAGAUGAUACAAAUCCUACAGCAUACAAAUUAAAAUUCAGGAGAGGCAAGACCAUCGAGGUCCAACCUGAAUACAGUGGUCCAAGAAGACUGAAGUUUAGGAGAAGAACAGUAGAUGGGAAUGUUGAAGGCAUUCAAACAGAAAGGAGGAACUUCAGAAAGAGUGAGAUAAGUGAACCAGCAAAUGCUUCCAGUGCAGAGACUCAAGGCAUUAUGUUGAAACAUCAAAGCCUGCAGGACAAAAAAGAUGAACGAGUCUUGUUCAACAACGUGAUUGAAGAAACUGCCAGUAAGUUAGUGGAGACCAGGAAGAGCAAGGUGAAGGCAUUGGUUGGUGCUUUUGAAACUGUGAUAUCUCUUCAAGAUAAUAAACCAGACUCUACAUCCUAAGUUGCUUGCUAAUUUGUUUUGUGAUGAUAAUUAGUUGAAUCUUUAUCAAAGAAUUUCCAAAAAAUCUGUAUAUAAUAUUGUGUGCAGGCAGAGAGGUCUAUUAAGUUUGUUAUAGGAAGAGUUAUCUGUUUGGUUACAAGCAAGUUUAUGUUAGAGAAGUUGCUUAAUUGGAGAAGUUAAUUUGAUGGUUAGAGAUUCGAUGCCUUUGGUAGACUCUUUUAAUGCCUUGUUUGGCCCUAUGCAUUUGCAAGGAACUGUAAAGUGGUGUGUGCUAAGCAAUGUAAUUACAGAUUGCAACUCGAUCAAAUUGGAUAGUGAAAAGUUUAUGGAGAGAUUGUUCUUCUCCUACAAUGGA